AUGGUGGAAGUAAAGGAGCCGGAGAUAAAACUGUUUGGGAUGAAGAUUAUGCUGCCGGAAAACGGGAAAAAGGUUUCCGCGCUCUCCGGCGGCGAGUCUCUCGACGAGAUUGAUGAUGAAAAUUGUGGUGGAUCGGAUAAUGGGUUCUGUUUGGAUGAUAAUAAAGUGAGCAGAGUCGAACAAGAACAAGAUGCAGAUGAAGAAAAAGGACAGAUUGAAGAGGAGGGAUCGGAACGAGAGUGUUGGGAAUCGAAUCCACAAAAGGACCAGCUUCCAGCUGCAGGGGAAUCCCAAAUCUCUAACCCUUUGUCGGAAUUUGAUGAUCCAAAAACUCCCCCCAUUGAUGAAGAUGUUGCAUCAAUACAUCCUCUUAAAAGUGAGAAUGAUCAAAGCGAUAGAACAAAUUCACAGCACAAAACUCUGAAGAAGCCGGACAAAAUCCUUCCAUGUCCCCGUUGUAAAAGCAUGGAUACGAAGUUCUGUUACUACAACAAUUACAACAUCAGUCAGCCUCGCCAUUUCUGCAGGAGUUGUCAAAGAUAUUGGACGGCUGGUGGUAAUAUGAGGAAUAUGCCAGUGGGUGCUGGUCGACGCAAGAACAAGAAUUCUGCCUCUCAUUGCCAUCACAUCACAAUCUCUGAAGCCCUUCAAGCAUCUCAACUCGAAAGUCGAAAUGGAUUCCAUCACGCAACAUUUAGGCCUAAUGGCACUGUUCUGUCCUUCGGUCCCGACUCUCAAAUUCAUGAAUCGAUGGCUUCUGUUUCGAAUCUUGCAGAUAUAGAAGUACCAAAUUGUAUUCAAAAUGGGUAUUAUAAAAGUGAUCGAGUGGCUCCACUUUCUUACAAAAUUGUUGAGAAUGUUGAUGAUUGUCGUAGUGGAUCAUCCAGCACAACAUCAAAGUCAUCGGUAGAGGGAGGCAAGAAUGGAUCCCUAGAGCCAGUUGUGCAAAAUAAUAACGGCUUUCCUUAUCCAGAUCCAUGUCUUCCCGGGGUUCCUUGGCUUGUACCCUGGGGUUCUGCAGUUCCAGUGCCACCCAUCUGCCCUACAGGAUUUCCCAUGCCAUUCUACCCUACACCUUAUUGGAACGUUCCAUGGUUACCGUUUCAACUGCCUACACCAAAUGAAAAGAUGUCGGACGCCGGUCCCGACUUACCACUAGGCAAGCAUACAAGGGAUGGGGAAUUGCUCAAACCAAACAAGCCAGAGAGUAAAGAAUGCCUUGAAGAGAAGAAUUCUGAAAGUUCUAUCGUGGUUCCAAAAACUUUACGGAUUGAUAAUCCCGAUGAAGCAGCAAAGAGUCCAAUAUGGGCAACGCUCGGGAUCAAGUAUGAUUCCAUAAGAAGGGAAGGCCUUUUUAAGGCCUUGCAACCAAAAAGUGAUGAAAAGAAACCUGUGGCUAUGGCUUCCCCUGUAAUGCACGCUAAUCCUGCAGCAUUAUCUAGGUCCCUUGGCUUCCAGGAGAGUGCCUGA